CAAAAUAGCCCAGAGGUAACAGGGGGCUAUUUUAGCUUAAAAAUUUAUUAUUCUUUUAUAGAAGUCAUUUUCAAAGCUGGAAAAAUCAAUACAACUACCAAGAACACAGGGCUGUUCGCGUGUGAGAAAAUCACAUUCGCUAAACCUUUCUCUGGUGGAAAGCAAGUGAAAGUGUUUGCUUCGUCUGGACACUCAGUGAUCAGCCAAACCCGUGGUAAUGGUGCUGCUAUUUGGGUGGAAUCAGUAGAUAGAACUCAAUUCCGGGCUUGCAUCUACGAGUACAGCAACGGCUCAAAUACAACUGCUGAGAUAAACUGGAUUGCCCUGCAAUCUGCCCCUCCGGGGGCGCAACUAGGAACCACUUCCUUGGGCUCUUGGACUACCGGGACAGAAUGUAAGAAGGUCUACUUUCCUCAGGUUAGUUUAAUUUUGAAAGGAAUAUGUUCACUGUACAAAGUAACGUGAUUGGUUGCAAAAAGGAAGAAUCCAGAACGGUCAGACAAAGUGGUCUUGCAAGAUGAUCAAAAUAACGAUAUGCAUAAGGUUACUACUCAUUUGGAGAAAAUUUCUAUUAAUUACAGUCUGGAAAUGUAUCAUUUCUUCUAGUUCUCAGAAAGAUGUAUACUAAAAGAGAGUUUUUCCUAUGAUAAAACCAUUGAAUGAACAAGGUCAGUUUGUUAAUGCAUCCUUCUCCCUUUUUCUUUUGCUGUAUUUUGAUUGUUUGUUUUUGGGACGCCCAGUGUUACGGCUAAGUCAUACGCGCAGUUGAAUGUAUUACAGGAGAAGGUAGGAUAAGUUGUUUUGAUUCGCCAAUUAAAAGUUGAUUGUUGGCGUGGCUCCCUGCUAAUCGCACCCGGCCUUUGCCACACAAAUGGAACUUUCAUCUUGCCGUUGAACAGCCAAAUCCGAUUUCGUUUUGCAAUAAAGGACAUUCUUGGAUUCCUGACAGAUGACACUCUAAAAUAAUAUUAUUGUCAAACAUUUUCUUUGGCUCAAACGCAAAGAACAUGUUAAUGCAUACCUCCUUUGAUGUUGAAAAACGUUGUCCUGACCCUUCAUCAUGCAAUUAUUUGUUCAAACGCUGGACGUUGUUCACUUCUGUAGAAUCAUUUUUCUAUCCGACAGAACUUCUUUAACAUUAUAUAACAGACACAUAAUGAUCGAUUUGCAACGCAUUUGAAUAAAGAAAUAUUAAGCACAAAUAAUCUUUUGGUUGACACUACGCUCUAAGUUGAUCGAUUUUUUUUUUUUUUUUUUUUAUGCGUGGAAUAACCUACUAAUCCGUGCAAUUACCAAUUCACGAACUCUCGCAAUGACAAUACGAGCCACAAAGAAAGCGAAAACUCGUGUAACACCUUUCCCUGCCCCCUCCAACCAUAAGACGUUUGCACGGUUAUGUAGGAUUCCAGGGUGUAUUAAACUUAACCAGCCAACCUUUCAACACCAACCCCCACUAUUCCGAAGAGUGAUGUGCUCUUCAUGAAAUACACUUAUACCUACCCAUAUAAUCCGUCAUACACUGACACUUGCAUUCACAUACAACAAGUCUUAAAUAUAAGCAAUGAAACAUUGGCCUUUAUAAUGGUAAAGUUAGUUUCCAAUUGCUAUCUAAUCUAUUAGUUUAUAAAACAAUAACACGGAACGCAUCAAGCAUUGUUUAAAUUGUUGUAAAUUUUCAGUUAAAAUGAACUUAAUUUAGAAAUAUUAAGUUGGCAAAACAAAGAGAUUUGGCAGUCAGUCACCGUGUAUGAUUUAUUAUCUUUGGCGUUUCCUUUGUUAAAGAAUUUGAUAACGUUGUUCUUCAAACGCGGUGUGCGUGCCGGUACCAAACGGAAAUACAUUCUAGCUCUCAUUUUUUUUUUUUGGUCACUUUCCUCUGUCUAGAAUUUUCAGUGCUCUUUUAUUUGUAAUUCAGCAAAAUUUUUCUCCUUAUUUUUAGCACUAUAAUAAUAGUAUAGUAUUAUUAUUAUUAUUAUUAUUGUUAUAGUAAUAUUAUUACUUGUUCAAUUUUAACUAAUCCUUUUUCUUUUUUUUUUCUUUUUCUUUUUUAUUUAAAGCGUUUUUUGACCUCUCCAACUUUACUUGCAACUCCAAGUCACCAGUUUCCUGAGAGACCUCAAGACGCCAUGGCAGUCUGGGUGGAGGAGUUGACCGAAGACAGUUUCAAAAUCUGCCUCAGGGAAGUAAAGAUUUUCGACGGACUUCACAAAGGCAUUGCUAUUGUGAGCUUGAAAUUUUAAAUUGCUUUUCAAAGAUCUUUUAAGAUUUCCAUUCAAUUAUUUUUUCUGCAAUGAGCUGCCCAAAGACGCUUAUUUGCUCUUAAGUUUAUCAUAAUCACAAGAAAAAUGGUCGAAGUUAUCAUAGAUUUGUAAAGUUCUUACGUAUUAAGUUAUAGCAAUAAAUAAAUAUGCCAAAAUUUUAAGUCCAGUUCUUUUUAAUAUGUAAUUUCGAAUUUGGUAAAACAUUGAAGAAAAAAAAUACAUUCCCCAAGCAUAUUUCUGUUACCAUUUACUGCUUUGGAAGUCAGCUGGAACGCUUUCUAGCUUGAACCUUAGUAUAAGUAAUUAAACCAUUUAAUGAGCUAUAUUUUAGUACUCGUUUAAAUGAAUUGAAAUCAGGUUCCUUCUUCCGUAAAACUUUAGUGUUAUGCAGACCGCGGGGAAUAAGGGGCUUUUGCCAGGCUCCAAACUUAAGGCUCAUGCUUAAUGAGUACCAAGCUUAGCAAUCUUCCUAAAACUUGUCUGGAAACAUUUGUCCCCAAUGUCAAAGUGUCCGCUGCCACCGAUUGUUGACAGCCAUAUUUUGCAAAAUUUGGAAUUUUCCCUUUAAUGCGUUUCUUUCUUUUUUUCUAGAUUUUCUGAUUGGCGUAAAUGAUAAAAAAAUUGUUAAAGAGAAAAUUGUAAAAAUGCAAUCAAGGUUUUUGAAGAAAAUUAAUGUACAGAAGUGUUGAGAUAAUUUUCCAAGAAUGUUCAUUUCCCUCUGAAUUUUAUUGCUGGCACAUAUAAGUUUGCUUUCAGAAUAUUCUUCUACACACAAAUAAGCAAAACAAAUACAUUUAACUUGUUCAAAGUCAAUUAAACGGUGAAAAUGUAUUCUUCAAAUAUCCUAAGGGUGUCUAUUUAAGAUCUGGAAUUCAGGUACAGUGUUCAGUUAGUUUUAUUUGAAUUGACAACAAGAUAGACUCUGUAAUAUCGGUAAGGCUUAUCGCUACGAAAUUGUUAGAAAUAUUCUUUAGUGGGACAAGUGUUUUCAGCCUUCCCUUAAUGACACGAUAGUUGAGUUGAAUUCAAACACUCCAUCGACGAAACUGGAUUGAAAUGCUCUCAUUUCUUACAGAUGCAUGCCCGAUUGAAAGUUCCAGUUCCUCCUGUUCAUCAUCCUGUCACUUCUGUUGUUAAGGGCAUUAAUCAGUGUUAGCCUACUUCGCAAUUUAAUCAGACACCUUCCCAUUUAAGUGUUUUCUAUUAUAUUCAAGCUGAAGUCACACUACAUAAUUUUGUCGGUCAGUUUAUCUCAAGAUGUUAGAUAUGUUGAGCACUUUAUUAUGACCAAAUUAUCUGGUCUAGCUAUAUUAUCAUAUGCGGUUUUUGAGUUAUAGGGGGCGUGCUUCUAACUCCCCCCCCCCUUCAGCUUAAUAGCAGACACCUGAUUUAGUAACAUCAUAUGGCAAAAACGGCUUCAAAUUUCUAAAAUAUGAUUUUUUAUUUCAUUGCUACAGAACUGGAUGGCUUAUACAAACCUCAGUAUUGGAAACUUCACAUUAACUGACAGCCUCCUAUUUACGAAUUAUAACUUGUUAUCUCAGCAAGCUAACCACGCCUUUUGCCAGGUACGAAAGUAAAUUGUUAUGUUGGUAAAUGGCCGGAGCACUAAAAUUUAUUUCCAUUAAAAAAUUAGAAGACAGGAUGAUGUUCCUUUUUAACAGAACCAAUAAACAACUAAUCCUUAAGUUGUUCUAAAUAUUCUGCAUUGUGUGUUAAUUCAUGGUCAGGAGUAGUCUGCGAAACAAGUCGAAACUUGCUUGUUUAAGUCUUUUGUUCAUUUUAUUUAUAAUUCUCAUGUUUUGCCAUUUAUCUUGAAUAAAAAAGUUGUUUGUAACAAGCUAUAUCUUUCUUUGACAGCAUAUCAACUUUACAGAUGAAUUCUAUGCUCCUCCUGUGGUGAUAGUGACGGCAAAACGCAUCAAUAACGAUUCGCGUUUGUCUGGAUGUAACGCAAUCACCGCUUGGGUCGAGGUAAAAUUGUUUUACAAACUUGCAGAUAGCAAAAGAUUAAUUUAACGUUGAAUCUUAAUAAAUAUGAUCAAUCCAUGCAGUGAUAAAAGAAAAGAAAUCCCAGAUUGACAAGAAAGACAGAAAGUGUUAGAAAAUCUUUUCACAAAGUUUAACGCCACGCUAGUAUCUGUUAUUAGUGGUUUUCACGUGACGUCAUCAAAAUGAAUACAAAUUCAUCAGUUAUAGAGCAGCAUAACCCAUAUUUUUACAAACUGUCUGUUCGAAAGGGCUCUUUAUAGUUUUGACAGUGAUAAACUACGCUGUUAAUUUUUAACCUUUUACGUGACGCGGCAUUUGAAGGAUCUGGAAGGGCCUAGAAAACUGUGAUUUGGGUUAGAAAAUUGUCUCCUUUUUUUGAGAUUGUGCCAUCCCAAACACAGACAUUUUUGUUGGUUUCUGACCGCUAUAUUGGUGCCCCUCUGAGGAACAACAACAUUAAGUUCUGUAAAUUUGGGGAAAAAAAUUGUAUCAGUAUUUCCGCAUAACAGGAAAUAUCACAAAGGCCUGAGUCUUUGCAAAGGUUUUUUGAAUAUAUUUAUUUAUCUUCUUUCAUUUCCCAGAUUCUGGACUUUCUUUAUCACACAGAAUCGAUUUCCAUUUUUGAUGGAGUGACAGUGAUAACCGGUUCAAAGGAAUUGGAGGAUGAAUAAAAUGUUCAAACCAAAUCAAUUUUUUUUUAGCAGCUACGAGUCCUCUUACUGAUUCCUAAACAUUCAAACAACUUUUUAUAUCUGUGGUUAACCGUGCAGUUUUCGUCAAAGUUUCUCACCACCUUUACGUUUUGAUCGUUUGUUUAGUAGAAUUUUCAACACUGCUUUGGAGUAAUAAUGUUAUUAGCAGUCUCGAUUUUCUACCCUUAGUACACUUCCACCGCAAAAACAGAGAUUUGUGUUCGAGUCUAUGAAACCAAGAGCAAGGAUACCAUAAAAGUCGAUUAUCUGAUUACUGGAGGUAGGUAUAUCACCCAGUAAUCUAAUAAUCGGCCACUAAUGUAUUACUAACCGCUAAUGUAAUUAAAAAAGUUAACCACUAAUGUGGUAACAUUCUAACCUUUAAUGUAAUAAAAAACUUAACCACUAAUGUGAUAACUUUGCGACCAUUCAUGAAACAAACUCAAAGAGAACAGCUAAUUGUUUUUUGGAGAUUAUCAGGAUUUAGAAGAUCAUAUGGUGCACGGCAAAAAAAAAUAAUCAUACGACCUCCUGCUUUGAUGUCAAGUAAUGCCGUUUCAGCGCAAUAAGUCAUGUAGGACUUGUUCCAUACACUUGUCCCCUUUUACUUGAAGAAUUUAAAAUCUACUUCUCUUGAAUUAUUUCUUAGCUAAUUUAGGCUCUAGUUUUAAGACUAAUAUUGUCACUUUGUCUCGUUAACACUAACAGAUCCUUUAGAUAGAAGAUUGGUGUUUAAUUUAUAAGCGUCAGCUCAACAUGAAUUCCCGAUAACAAGAAUGAUAGCAUCGAUCAUUCACCUCACUGUUUUUCUCUUUCUCUCCCUCGCCAUGUUCGGUAAAACUUCGUUGAAAUUAAAGUAAAAGCAAAAAAACAGCAACUACAACAAAACAACAAUCAAGCCCUACUCUAGAUUAAUACUCUUAUAGACCAAAUCCAAAUCUCGGUAUCAGCACUUUCCGUUAGAUAUAUUAUGCACACAAAAUUAAUGAUAAUUAUGCAUCUUUUGUUUUACACAGACCUGGAUCCUUGUAUAGAUGGCGUACACUGUGAUUAUCAUGGUCUAUGCAAAGCUUUUGGACCAUACGAUGCCCGGUGUGUGUGCAUAGACAGUUGCCCAUCUUAUAAAGUGCCUAUCUGUUCUUCUAACGGAACGACGUAUGACAACAAGUGUCUCUUUAAGCAAGAAAUGUGUUUGUUACAGCUGAACUUUACUGUGCAGCAUCCUGGGAGCUGUGAAGGUAUCAGUGAUCUGACGUAACUUAUGGUAUCAAUUGUUAUUUAAUUCAAUCACCCAAAUUAACAACCCCCCAAAAAAGAAACGUCCAAAAGUCUUCACUAUAACAACGUAAAUUCGAUAUCACAUCUUCUGAACCUGUAUCAUCAGUACCCGGCCAGUUGAAAGUCGUUUUAAAGAUAUAAACUGGUUAUUAAAGCGAAGCUGAUCUCUGAACAUAUUUCUAUAGCAAAAGCACAAACGAGGAAUUUCACCGUGACACGAUUUAAUUAAAGCAAAAAAUGCGUCGUUUUAGUAAUAACGCAAAAUGUGAAAAACUGAGGUCAUUUAGUAAGGUGAAUAGUUUAUGACUUAAAAAAAUAUAUAAUCUUGUCUAAAGAGGAGCUCGAGACAAAUCGCCUCAUGAUAACUCGAACUCUCUCAUUCGUUUUUGUUUUUUGUCUUUUGUUUUUUGUUUUUUGAUUUUUUUUACAUUUGCGUUUUUGUACUCCUUUCCAGGGUUCCCAUUUCAGCGUGACCGGCGUCACAUGCCUCAUAUACCUUCCUUGGGAUACUCUCACUGUGAAGUAAUUCGUUUCCGACCAUUUGUGUUCUACCCUGAUAAACCCGUUCAAGUGCAGGUAACUGUCAAUCACAUCGAUACAAGGGACAUGAACUACGUCCACGAUGCUGCUGUGUCGUGGAUUGAAGAUGUGACCUACGAACAAUUCACUGCGUGCGUGAUGGCGGCUGGUUUCAACGAGCGCAGGUCGCGUGCUAAUGUGUCCAUAGACUGGAUAGCUUAUCAGGGAGCCCCAGAAGGUGGGGUCACUGGAGAGGUGCGCAUGUCACAGUGGUGGACUGGAACAACAUGCAAGACAGUGCGUUUUCCUUCAGUAAGCGAUUUUUUUUCCACUUGUCUAAAAUUUGCUUUUACUUUACUUAUUAUUACCUUGGUUUGUUAAAGUUGUUUUUUUUAUUUAAAAUAUUAUAGAUUUAAACCAAAAUAAGUUUUAUUCACAACAUGGCGUGCUUAGAAAAUUUGAUACAUAUAAUGUUUUUCUGUGUGGGUUUAGUUUUCAAAGGAGCCUUCAGUUUUUGUGACUGUUGCCCAUCACCAUGCCGGACUGAAGAGAGACGCCGCCAGUAUUUGGUUGGAGGAUAUCACGCGAUCUUACUUUAAAAUAUGUUUAAGGGAACUGCAAAAUUACGCGGGAUCACAUGAGGACAUCUAUGUCGUAUGUAGUAUACUUCAUUUUUUGCCUUUUUACGUCCUUUUCUCAGUAUUACAUUUGUUGUACGUUGAGUUGUUUCAAAUUAUGUUAUUUCCCAGCGGUGCAGGAAAGCAACAUAAUGUAGUGAAUUUUCUCUUUCUUUUCUUUUUUUUUUCUGUUUUCGUAGAACUGGUUAGCUUUUUCGUCACUUGACAAGCCCAUGUUCUCAGAACACAGCUCAGUUUAUUUUGCAAACUCUCAGAAGCCUGCAGCCUGGAACAAUAACGCAUUCUGCAAGGUCAGUAUAAAUCAUAUCUUGCUUAGCUUUAUUUUAUGAUACGUUUUCACCUUACGUUAAUUUGACGGCUCUUUUCAUCGAUUUUGAAAUUCAUUAUAUGUUCUUUUAUUAGGAUAUUUCCUUUACCAAAUUGUACAAGCAUGCCCCAAGUGUAUUUGUAUCAGCGAAUCACACCUCCAGUGGGGGAGGUCAGGAUCCAAUGCACAACUCCAUAACCGCUUGGGUUGAGGUGAGUCAGUGACUGCUAAAACUUGGAGGUGUGGAACGGUAUCGUGAGCUUGUGAUCCUUGUUGAGCUUUCUUCCAUGACCAAUAACGGUUAUAAUGUGUAGGAAGUGGUUCUGUCAGAUUCAGUAAUAAAAAGACUUGUGCUCAAAAAAUAAUUGAACUAACAUGGCUCCACACUUGUUUUCUUGCAUCUAAAGUUAGGUUUUCCUUAAUUUACGUCAUAGUUCAUUAGUUUACGUCACAUCUCCUUUGUUUCCAGGGGGCUGCAGUGAGAAGACUAAGACUAAUGGAGUGCCAAAAUGGCAGCAACUUUAAAGUUUUAACUCGCAGUAAUAUGUACUUUCAAAUAAUAAUAUUAAUAAUAAUAAUAGUAAUGAUAAUAAUAAUAACAAUAAUAAUAAUAAUGAUAAUAAUAAUGAUGAUGAUGAUGAUAAAUGUUAGGUUAUGGGCAAUUUAAGCAGUUUCAAUGACGUAACGACUAAACGCAUUACUUUAGAAGUAGAUAAAACUGUAUUUUAGGGUAGCAACAGAAGUCAGUAGCAGAUUAUUUUCUGACGAGACUAAGACAUUAUAAUUUAGGAUCGGUGAAUUAAAAAAUGUGCAAAUAUCAUGUGUUUUCUAUUUUUUUUUUUUUUUUAAUUUUUAGUACAUCAAUACAACAGGGGCUCGAGUGUGUACAAAGGAAUUGUACGACUCAAAGUACGACCCUCUUUCCGUAUCAUAUACUGUCUUGUCAGGUAAAGGGCGACAUCUUUACUAGACUAGAAACUAUUUUACAUAGGUACAGCUUACUUAAUAUUAACCAAUGAUAUUAACCUGAAAGACGGUGCCUAAGUGGUCCCAAACUGGUUUAACCCAGCCGCCAUUAAAGCAUAGAUUACAUUGCAAGGGUGGAUUUCUUUCAAGACGCCUCGGUGUGACAAAGUUUUCUUUCUUGCUGUAGUCAUCGAUUUUGAGAAACACCUUUUUUAACUUGAUGCGCAUUAAUUAGUACACUGUAUAUACUGUUAGCAUGAUUUCAUGCAGUUUUUAAGUGUCUCUAGCUCAGAUUAAAGGUAGACACUCACUAUCCGAGAUAAUUGGGUAUCUUAAUCCCACAAAUGUUUCAUCUAUUUCCUAGGUAUUUGCCAGCCAGGUUGGAGCUAUUUUAGUGGGUACUGUUACUUUACAAGUCGCACUUGUGGCUCGUGGCUCACUGCUGUAUCAAACUGUUCUACCAUGAGUUCCAGUUUGGUAACAGUUCCCAACCAAAAUGUAAACGUCUAUAUUCAACACCGUCACAACGGAGAGAGAUCCUGGAUUGGACUCAAUGACCGAAGUGUGGAGGGCUCCUUUGUGUGGACAAACAAAGAAAUAAGUAGUUUUAGGUUCUGGGCCCCACAGCAACCGAACGAUUGGAGAAAUGAAGACUGUGUUCACACUCUUGGAGCCAAGCAUGGUUACACUUGGAAUGAUGUGCCUUGUCAUAACUGCUAUAACUACACUUGUUUUAAAGGUACGAGGCAUAGCAAGAUCAUUAAUAAUUUAUGUCUUAUGAACCCCAGCUAGCAGAUACUGCCCUAAGGCUAUGAUUUAACUGCAUUAAAGAAAGACCUAGCAGAAACAAAUAGAGACCUAUUCAAACCAAUCAGACUGUGGUUUUAGUAUUGAAAACAUUAUCCACCAUUAACCACUAGUUUACCACCAUAAUAUAGAAUGGUAGAUUCCGUUGGAGACUCUCUUUUACCAUUUGCACAAAUCAUUCCCAUUUACCGAAAAAAAAAGAAAGUCCACAAAGCCAGAAAUUGUUAUAAAAGAUAAGUUUGAAUGAACACUUUGGUUUAAGGAAAUAGAAAACGAAAUUCCUUUUUGGACAUUCCGUCCUGAUAAACGUUAAUGAGGUCCCAAUUUUCUUUUCCACUGGAACGAAACGAAACCGAAUUUUCCAGAAACACUUUAAAUUAUAAAUGUUCAACGAACUUGAGCUCAGGCCAAGCUUUGUAAGAUCCUUUUUGCGAGUCACGUUUUUCCCUCAUGUUAUUUUCUCUAAGACUUGACAGUUAUACAAAGGAAAGGAAUUCUUAACUUUUAAGACAGGAAUAAGAGUAAACAGCGUUUAAUCACUUCACUGUGUGUUUUUCCCUUUUAGACUUGGAUGAAUGCACCACUGGUUCCUAUUCAUGUGACAUCAAUUCCGUAUGCCAGAAUAACGCGGGUUCAUACACAUGCUCGUGUAAUGCCGGGUACACAGGAGAUGGAAAAACCUGCAAUGGUAUGUUAGAUAAGAAGUAAACUGAGGCCACGUCCACACGAAUCGAUGCACUUUUGAAACUUCAUAUCUUUUUACCCAGAUUAGUGCAAACGGGGUCUUAAACCAUUCUGAGCGGCUUUAAAAAGAAUAUUCUUAAAAGUAUUCAGUUCGGGUGGACGGGGCCUGGGAAGGCAAGAAAGUCAAAAAACUGGCUGAAGGGUGCAAUUCCUGCGCGGUGUGAAACAAACCCUUAACACUGUCACCUGCUUUGUUUCGAAGAAAAAAAUGAAUACAUUGACCUUAUUUAGCGACCAGGUGCAAACUAUCAGUUAGAUAAUUCAAAAUACUAAUGUUUUUCUGAUUGCCUAUCCUCCAGCUAAUUUUCCAAAACCAGCAACCGUUAACCAAAUUUGGAAGAUAUUUGCAGUUAUUCUCAGAGAUGAGACUUGUAAGGCAUCCUCGGGGGCCCAAGGGUAGUCCGUCGCGCCUUUGUCUUGACUCGAUUGAGAUGCCGGCUACAGGAAUGCGGAAGCGUCCGCAUAUUUUUUAGCGUAUUCGUAUGGACGAGGGCUUAAACCUAUCUGGAACGCGGAUUAAGAAAGAUGUGGCUUCGGUGAGCGGAUUCAUGGGUUUCGUGUAGAGGAAAGGCCGAUUCGUGUAAAAAACAAUCAUAAUGCUCAAAAAACGUAGGCGGUUUCAAAAAUUAAUUCGGAUUUGUGUGGACGUGGCUUGGUAAUGCUGGAGAAAAUGGCGAAGAAAAAAAAGGCCAAACUUCUGCCUUACAGCAAAGCAAAAACAGCAAACAUACCACUCGACCGAUGACAGCUGCUCUUGAAGAUAGAUAUUUUCCGGCUGGACAAAAAAAUGCCCUUAAAUUCUGACGUUUUCAAGGAACAGGCAAAUGUUAUGCAGACGAAACUGUACAUGAAGAGAAGCAUGAUUUAAAGCUUUGAAAUAUCUUCAAUAUGAAUACAAAAUUGUUUGAUUCUGUUUUUGUAUGAUGUGAAGAAUUAUGCAGGGCUUGGGAGGGAUGGGGUAAGAAUACGGGAGAUGAAUGCAAAAACUGUUCACUUAUUGAUCAAAGUUACGCUGAACUACCAUCAGGCAGAUGCAAAAUUUCUUAUCUUUACGCCAAGCUUCACUACAUUUUUCCCAGAUAUCGACGAGUGUUCUACUAACGCCCAUAGCUGUGGCGUCAAUGCGGUGUGUAACAAUACUAUUGGAUCGUACACAUGCGGGUGUAAAACAGGAUACUCAGGAGAUGGAAGAACAUGCACUGGUAAGCCGUUUUGA